UCUACUUUUCAUGUAUUAUUUAGCUAGCAAGCAGCUAGCGGGGCUGAAGACUGACCAUGCCGCGGGAAAUCAUAACGCUACAGCUCGGACAGUGCGGGAAUCAAAUUGGUUUUGAGUUUUGGAAGCAGCUGUGUGCAGAGCAUGGCAUCAGUCCAGAGGGGAUUGUGGAGGAGUUUGCAACAGAGGGGACCGACAGGAAAGACGUUUUCUUCUAUCAGGCUGAUGAUGAGCACUACAUCCCUCGAGCAGUUCUCCUGGAUCUGGAGCCAAGGGUGAUCCACUCCAUCCUCAACUCUCCCUAUGCGAACCUGUACAACCCGGAGAACAUCUACCUGUCUGAGCACGGUGGAGGUGCUGGGAAUAACUGGGCGAGUGGAUAUUCACAGGUGAAGUGCUGGAAAUGUUUUUUAUUCCCACACAGUGAAACCUGGUUAAAGAAAUACAAAUGCAAUGUAUUAAAAGCUAUGCUUGUGUGUGUUUUUCACCCAAAGGGCAAAAAAAUACAAGAAGACAUUUUUGACAUCAUUGACCGGGAGGCAGAUGGCAGUGACAGUCUGGAGGGAUUUGUCCUGUGCCACUCCAUCGCUGGGGGGACGGGCUCUGGCCUUGGAUCCUAUCUGCUGGAGAAACUCAAUGACAGGUACCCAAAGAAGCUGGUGCAGACAUACUCAGUUUUCCCCAACCAGGAUGAGAUGAGCGAUGUGGUCGUCCAGCCGUACAACUCUCUGCUCACACUGAAGAGGCUCACCCAGAAUGCAGACUGCGUGGUGGUGUUGGAUAACACAGCUCUAAAUCGCAUAGCCACAGACAGGCUGCAUAUCCAGAACCCCUCGUUCUCCCAGAUCAAUCAGCUGGUUUCAACCAUCAUGUCUGCAAGCACAACCACCCUGCGCUAUCCAGGCUACAUGAACAACGACCUUAUUGGCCUGAUUGCCUCCCUCAUCCCCACGCCCCGCCUCCACUUCCUCAUGACUGGAUACACGCCACUCACCACCGACCAGUCGGUUGCUAGUGUGAGGAAAACCACAGUACUGGAUGUGAUGAGGAGGCUUCUGCAACCCAAGAACGUGAUGGUGUCCACAGGAAGAGAGAGGCAGCCCAGUCACUGCUACAUCGCCAUCCUUAAUAUCAUCCAGGGAGAGGUUGACCCCACACAGGUUCACAAAAGCCUCCAAAGAAUCCGGGAGCGUAAACUUGCCAGCUUCAUUCCCUGGGGUCCCGCCAGCAUCCAGGUGGCUCUGUCCAGGAAGUCCCCUUACCUGCCCUCCGCUCACCGAGUCAGUGGCCUGAUGAUGGCCAACCACACAAGUAUCUCCUCUCUGUUCGAGCGGACGUGCAAGCAGUACGACAAACUGCGUAAGCGCGAAGCCUUCCUGGAGCAGUUCCGCAAAGAGGACAUAUUCAAGGACAACUUUGACGAGCUGGACAACUCUCGCGAGGUGGUCCAGCAGCUGGUGGACGAGUACAGCGCAGCCACGCGGCCCGACUACAUCUCCUGGGGAACGCAAGAACAAUGAACUAUUUGUCACGGUAUCUCAACUACAACCCUAUCUGCAUACAAUGCUUAGCUCGAUGAUUCCAUCGAAAAAAUUAAAAAAAAUCCCCCCCCCCAAAAAAAUCUUCUGUUUUCAAAACUGAAUUGUAGACAGGUGUUUGGCUAUAACUGCUUCUCUGAAAAAAAUAUUUAUCGCAGUGUAAAACAUACUUGUUUUGUGUCACAUCCCAGAGAUACUCAGAGGAUUGAAAUAAAAAUAAUCCUUACCUAAUUGUCCAAUGAAAUAAAAGCGGAGUACUUCUUUGAAGCAAGUCUAACUGUAUACUAAAACAAAUCUGUUAUCUGUUAAAGUUGUUUUCAGUUUCUGCUUCUCCCCCCCUUGUAUAUUGUUCACUGAUGUAAGAAAACCCGCUGCCUUGUUUUGUUCUAUUUUUAUACGCAGCACAGUGCUUCCGUUAUUGUUUAGCUGUUUAACAUCAGACACAUACAGAGCCAAUGCCUUGAAUAUUGGGAGUGGGUUUGACACAAUGUUUUGCAUGAUGUUUAAUGCCGGUUCUUGCUUCCCAAACAUUUCUGACAAAGUGCGUUGUACAGUCUGCUGCUGAUACACAUCAUGCUCAUUAUUCUCCACUGAGCAUGAAUGUCAAGUAGACGUUGGGCUUGAGCUGAAAUAUGACGUUCAAAUACCCAUCAUUCUGUAUGAACCGCAUUGACGGCAUUAGUCAUCUGCAAUAGAGAAAGUAACGCUUUGCUCGGAUGAGAAAAUGGAUCUAGUUUUAUCACCUUAUCUUUAUGUCUUGUAAAUAUACUUCAGGAAAGCUGGUUCAAUGGCAUUGUCUGUAUUGUUUGAAAUGAAUUUACAAGUAUACAGUGCUUUUUUUGUUGUUGGACCUGUUCAAAAAUAAUGAAUAAACACUUUUUCUAUUA